CAGUUUAAUCUUCACACUUCGGACUCGACUCAAUGACGACGGCGACGAAACACGACAUUAUCUCCUAAUUUAUUGAUUUAUUUUAUUUUUUUUAACACAUCUGGGGAUCGUGUGACAAGUCAAAGUUUAUUUGCACAGCAUGUCGGAUCCAGAAGCAUCAAAAUACGGUCCAAAAAGAGGCGGAGCCUGUUUUCAGUCUCGGACAGGAAGUGACCCAGGUCUGGACCUUCGCCAUCCUCAGGACCACGAGGAAGACGGCGAGAAGGUUUGUGGCCAAGCUGCUAAUCUGAGGAAUAAUGAUGACGGAGGAAAAGAGGCUUCACUAUGUGAUGGAAGUGACAAACCCAGAGUGGAGAGGCCUUCGAUCCCUGACACGCUGUCGGAUAAUGAGGAUAAAGACUCUGGUUCUGACCCGGUCGUCCUCUCCCUCUGCGGUUUGUCGUCUCCUGAAUGUGUCCUGUCAGACGAGGAGCCUCCGAUGGACGAGAUCAAGUCCUUCAGGGACCCGGACCCAGAGAAACCGGAGACUGAAGUUUGGAAAACUGAGUGGCACAUGAAUCACAUGGCAGCUUUAAGCAGUGACACGUUUGACCGUCUGCUGAAGAUGAGUCCAGAUCUCAGAGCCUGUAGGAGCCACAUGGCAGCGUUCGUUUUAAUAAGAGGUGUCGUGGACUCGGCCGGGCGUCCAUGUGACCAGUACGAGGUGGUGGCGGUCGGAGCCGGACGCUGCAGCUGCAGCACUUGGCUCGGCUACAACGGCCUCAUGGUCCACGACUGUCACAGCGUCGUCAUCGCCAGACGAGCUCUGCUGAGGUUUCUGUACAAGCAGCUGCUUCUGUUCUUCAGCUCCGACCCAAACACAAACUGUGUAUUUGAGAAAUGUGCAGAGAGUCGCCAGCUUCAGCUCAAACCCAAGAUCAGUCUUCACCUCUACACGUCCCAGCGUCCGGAGGGAGCGGCUAAGACCUUCUACCAAAUGGACGCGUGGAACAACAGCAGCUCGACCACGGCGGAGCUGCAGUGUCACGCCAAAGGCCUCCUGGUGCCCUUAGCCUACCUGGACCCCAGCACCUGGGGGGCCCGGGUCUGCUGCAUGUCCGCCAGCGAUAAGCUGUGUCUCUGGACCGUCACCGGGGUCCAGGGGGCGCUACUGAGCCACUUCGUCCAGCCGCUGUACAUCACCAGCAUGGUGCUCGGGGGUCAGACCGUUUCCCACAAGACGCUGUCCGACAGCAUCAACAAGCGUCUGGGGGACGAGUGGGACGGUUUCCUGCCUCCGUCCUACAGGAAGCACAGCGUCCUCGUCCACUCCGGCGUCUCCGCGCGCCGCGGCGCCAACUCCCACAAACACGACAAGCUCAGCGUCAACUGGUGCCUCGGAGACAAGGACGUGGAGGUUUUGGACGGCGGCAGAGGCUUCAUCGCUGACGGCUCUCCCUCUGUGAGUGGACCCGGUUUCUCCAGCAGACUCUGUAAAAGAGCUUUCUACAGCUACUUCCUGCGGGUGGCGGCGCUGAGCGGACCCUCGUAUCUCCUCAAGCUUCCCUCCUACCACAGCGUCAAGGUGGAAGCUGUUAUGUACCAGACGGUGAAAGAUCUGGUGAAGCAGAGGCUCCGGUGCAGCCGUGCAGGCCCCUGGAACUCCAAGAAGCUGGUGGAUUGUUUCAGCGUUUAAACCCUCAGACGGGUCGUGUUCGGUUUCCUGCUGAGAUUUAAUUUCUCUUUCUGUAAAAUGCACGUUUGUGAUUGUGUUUAAUGGUUAACCAGCGUACCAGAG